GGCGGUGCAUCGGGGUCUAUUGUCUUGGCAUCUCCCCCUUCCCUCCUUCCUCCGUUUUCCCCGUCGGGGUUUUGCAUCUUCCACGGCUGCAUUGUGAGCGCAGCAGAAUGGCUGAUGAGCAGGAGAUCAUGUGCAAACUCGAAAGCAUCAAAGAGAUCAGAAAUAAAACACUGCAGAUGGAAAAGAUCAAAGCUCGCUUGAAGGCAGAAUUUGAGGCUCUGGAAUCCGAGGAGAGACACCUGAAGGAGUACAAGCAGGAGAUGGAUCUCUUGCUGCAAGAAAAGAUGGCCCAUGUGGAGGAACUGAGACUCAUCCAUGCUGACAUCAAUGUUAUGGAGAACACAAUCAAACAGUCUGAGAAUGACCUGAACAAGCUCCUGGAAUCAACACGCCGUCUGCAUGAGGAAUACAAGCCUCUCAAAGAACAUGUGGAUGCUCUGAGAAUGACUUUGGGUUUGCAAAGAUUGCCUGAUUUGUGCGAAGAGGAAGAAAAACUUUCUCUUGACUACUUUGAAAAGCAGAAAGCCGAAUGGCAGACGGAGCCACAGGAACCUCCAAUCCCGGAAUCCUUGGCUGCAGCGGCAGCAGCUGCUCAACAGCUGCAGGUGGCCCGGAAACAGGAUACAAGGCAGACAGCCACUUUCAGACAACAGCCACCUCCUAUGAAGGCUUGUCUCUCCUGCCACCAACAGAUCCACCGGAACGCCCCCAUCUGUCCUCUCUGCAAAGCCAAAAGCCGGUCACGUAAUCCUAAGAAACCCAAGAGGAAGCAAGAUGAAUGAAAACAUCACAGAACCGUCUUGCCCAGCCACCCCAGCCCCAAACUGGAAGACCUUUUCCUCCUUUUGUGGUAGACCCAUCCAGAUGAUCUACAUUUGUUGGCAUGUGAAACCUGAGUGUGACUUCAGCUGUUGUUCUGUUUAACGUGUCAGCACCCUUGUGCAGUCGGUUGAGUGAUGCUGGUUUUCAGCAAAUCUGGGAAGGGGCUGCUUUUGGUGGAGACAUGAAGAGCAAACGGUGCAACCUUUGGACCUUGCACACCCACAGGGGCUAUGCCAUCCUGAUGGCAAAGGACAUUUGUGCAGAGAACACAAUGGGUGGCUUGUCUCCUCUUUAACAGCACAUGCUCAAGUAGCAAUUGGACCUCAAGCCCCCUUUUUAUUCAACUGAUCAAAGGCCCAUUGUUUCCAUGACCUGUUUAUUUUUUUAUCAGGACAAUAUUUUUGUACUGAGACUCUACUUUUCCAUUCAGUCUCCAAUGCUGAAGAGUCUUUUCAUACAGAUGUCAAGAUGUGUAAUGUUUACUUAGUUUUGUGCUUUGGUAUAACUAAGGAGGGUGCGAUAGCUCAACGGUUAAAGAAGCUAAGCUUACAGCCUGGGUUUGAGACCCAAGCACCUCGUGAUGGGGUGAGCUCCCGUUCCUUGCUCCAGCUCCUGCCCAUCUAGAACUUCAAAAGCAUGCAAGUGCAAGUCCAUAAAUAGAUUCCACUUUGAUGGGAAAGUAACAGUGUUUUGUGCACCUCUGGCAUAUUGUUCUGACCCAAACCUUGUUCCAAGGAA